AUGCUUGCUGGCUUUCUCUUUCUCCUCCUUCUCAGAGAUGGACUGUCCUCUGAGCGUAACUGCAGUUAUCACGAUGUUUUAAAGCACUUGAACUUUACCGAAAACAAAGAUCUGCACUCCUUGAUCCGGCCUGUUAAAAACCACAAAGAGCCCACAGUGGUACACAUGGAUGUCCUACUCUAUGCUAUUCUAGAUGUGAAUGAGAAGGAACAGCAAGUGGUUCCUUACGUUUGGAUUAAUAUGUGGUGGAAGAGCGACUACAUUGCUUGGGAUCCUGCAGACUUCUGUGGUAUUAGGAAAUUUUCUCUUCCUACUGAAUUAUUGUGGAAGCCAGAUCUAACUAUUGAAGAAAUGACAGAGAAGGACAAGGCCCCUCCAAGUCCUUAUCUCACUGUUAACAGUCGAGGUGAAGUAGAAGUUAUGAACGACCAGGUACUGGUCAGCACCUGUGGAAUGCACGUUUACAAAUUCCCCUUUGACAUUCAGAGCUGCAACAUCUCCUUCAAGUCUGUCGUACACUCUGUUGAAGAAAUACACCUUGUUCAGUAUCUCAACUCUUCUGAGGCCACAGAGUCGUCUCGUGAGUUGAUGCGGACCCAGUACGAGUGGCUGUUCAUCAACAUGACAGUCACCAACAAAACUGUCGAGACUUUCGGCUUCAAACAAGAUGUGAUGAUUUAUACAAUCUCCAUCAGGAGGAGGUCUGCCCUUUACAUCGCCAACUUCAUGUUGCCCGUCUUGUUCUUCUUGUGUCUGGACUUGGCCUCCUUCCUGAUCUCAGACAGCGGGGGUGAGAAGCUCAGCUUCAAGGUCACUGUUCUGCUUGCUGUCACUGUGUUACAACUUAUUCUGAAUGAAAUUCUGCCUUCUUCAUCAGACAAGAUUCCACUUAUAGCGACCUACUGUAUUGGAAUUUUUGGUUUGAUGCUGCUCAGCCUCCUGGAGACGAUUUUGGUAAUGCAUCUGAUGGAGAAAGACUCCCAAGACGACGAGGCCGAUAAAGACCAAAGCCUGAGUGAGGACUGUAACAAACAGAGCAAAAAAUGGACUCUCUGUGAUGUGUCUACUGGUGAAACUCCAUCUGAACUGCUGUCGGAGGCCAAAGAGGGUAGCAGCAGCAAACUGACAGAGGAGUGCCAUGACUCUGAAAAGCUCUCAGAUGACCUGAGGGAGGUGUUGAAAACACUGAGCGUGCUUCUCAACAGCAAGAAGGAAGAAGGGAAGCCCGGCUACUGGGCCAGAGUGACUAAAAGAAUCAACAAAGCCUUUUUCAUUUUCUAUGUCAUAGCUGCGAGUCUGUUUUUACUCUGUAUGUGUAUCAGUUGGACUUAUGCAGAAGAAUAAUUGUGCUAAAUAGUGAAACAUACUGAAUGAUUGAGUUACAGUUCCCAGAAGUUGUAAUGCGUUAAUUUUUGGUGAUCAGUCCUGCAUCAGCACUAUGAACCUACUGGGAAAAUUUAUUCUGAUGAUUGACAACAAGUCAUGUGGCCCUUCAGGUUAUGCAGAUGUGAAG